AGUUUUGAAGGCAAGAGAGCUCUUCUUCGGUCUUGUUGCUUUCUAUCCUAAUUACUUCAACAAAGAAAAAACAGCUUUAGAGAGAGAGAUGGAGAUGAUGUAUUAUCAGUUGGCAAGGUCGUCUUACCAGGAUUCGUUGAAAGUUCUUGAGGCUGAUAUACAACAUGCUAAUGCUUUAGCUGCUGCAAUCCCUAGAGCAAAGGGUGGGACACGACUUCAAAUGAAAUUGGUCUACAAUCAUUUGGCACCCCUCUUUUUCUUUUUGCUCCAAUGGAUGGAUUGUUCCUGCACAUGUUUCUUUCCCAGAUAUCUAAAUCUUUUCCACAUACUUGUAUAUAAGGUGGACACGGAUGGGAGGCCGAAAAUAUCUACACAUGGAAGGAAAGCAACAAUUAAAGACUUCUAUGCUGUUAUAUUGCCAUCUCUUAGGCGGCUCCAUUGUGACCUAGUGGAGCUGGAUAAGGCUACAGAUGAUGAUCCUGGCAUGGAAAUCAUUAGCAAGAACAAAAUUGAUGGAGAGAAUGGAGUUGCCAACAACGAUUUUGAUAGGGAAGAUGAAUGUGGGAUUUGCUUGGAGCCAUGCACCAAAAUGGUCUUGCCUAGUUGCUGUCAUGCGAUGUGCAUCAACUGCUAUCGUGAUUGGAACACACGAUCAGAGUCCUGCCCAUUUUGUCGAGGUAGCUUAAAGAGAGUCAAGUCAAGAGAUUUAUGGGUUCUCACUUGUAGUGAGGAUGUGCUUGACACCAACACAAUUUCCAAGGAGGACCUGUUGCGCUUUUACCUAUAUAUUAAUAGUCUGCCCAAAGAUUACCCAGAUGUCCUUGUCUGGACAUAUUAUGAAUACCUAAUAUGAUCUGAAGUGAAUGAGAAGAAUGUUGUACAGACAGAAAAUGCCGACCGUCAAAUGUAUAUAGAGUCUGGUAAGAAAACUUCACUCAGAUUGUUACCCUAUGUAACAAGUUAUUGAAUUAUAAUUUGUGGUAUCUAUGUGGGAUACCUUCAUAAUGAUAUCGAAAUAAAAUUUAUGAAAAUUGGGUCCACACUUGUAUCUUUUUUCUGCUCAAGGUGCAUGAGAAUCUGAAAACUUUUAUUGGCAAAUACCAAUUUUUGUCUUUUCUUUU